AGCCCCCUCCCUGAACAGAGGAGGCUCCAUUUUGUUUGAAUCAGGGUUUUGCGGUCACUGUCUACAGCUAGCAAAGAAAACCCCAACAAAACCUCCACUAAGACAACUUAAAGAAGCAUUUCCAACAACAUCAACAUGAGUGGUUGCCGUAUUUUCAUCGGCCGGCUGAGCCCCUCGGCCAGAGAGAAGGACGUGGAGAGGUUCUUCAAAGGAUACGGCCGUAUCCGAGAUAUCGACCUCAAGAGAGGCUUUGGCUUUGUGGAGUUUGACGACCCCAGAGACGCUGAAGAUGCAGUGUAUGAGCUUGAUGGCAAAGAGCUGUGCAAUGAAAGGGUGACCAUUGAGCACGCCCGUGUUCGUCUGCGAGGCGGCCGCGGCAGAGGCGGCAGCGGUGGAGGAGGACGUUUCUCUGAUCGCUAUGGCCGAGGCUCCCAGAACAGUCGGAGUCGAAACCCUCCUCCGAUGCGCACUGAGAACCGCCUGAUCGUGGAGAAUUUGUCGUCUCGGGUCAGCUGGCAGGACCUGAAAGAUUUCAUGAGACAAGCUGGAGAGGUGACAUUCGCAGACGCACAUCGCCCCAAGCUCAACGAAGGGGUUGUUGAGUUUGCCUCUUACAGCGACCUGAAAAAUGCCCUUGAGAAACUGUCUGGAAAGGAAAUCAAUGGCAGGAAAAUCAAGCUCAUAGAGGCAGCCAAGAAGAGGUCGAGAAGCCGUUCCCGGUCUGAAAGCUCCUCUCGCUCGCGGUCUCGUUCUCGCGGUCGCUCCCCGUCGCGCUCCCCCAGACGCUCGCGCAGCCCCGCCAAGGCCCACAACCGUUCUCGCUCCCGCAGCGGCUCUCCUGCCGGCAGCACCUCGUCCCCAACCCCCAAAUCAAAGGAGCCCGCCAAACGCUCCUCCAAGACGAGCAAGUCCGCCACCCCGCCCUCCCCUCCGACCGCUCAGAGAGCCUCCGUCUCCCGUUCACGUUCCCGCUCACGCUCCCGCUCUCGUUCUCCUUCUACUGACAGCCAGCGCUAAGGGCUGUGUAUAAGUUUAAUGGGAAUCAACAGUAGAAACAACUUGUUUCGGGCCGUAGAAUCAGUCUGGAGGAGUUGGCACACUGGAGCUCCCACAAACCCUUCCGAAAGCAGAGACAAGAGUUUUCCCCGAGCAAAGUUUGGUUUUUCCUGUCUGGAUUUUUCUCAUCACUGUCCUCAAGUUUUUCACAUUUAACACAUAGAUACAGACGGGAACGAUGUAGAGUCAGAUAUUUUAUUGUCAUUAUAAGAAAUUUGAAUUAAAUAACUGAUUGAAGACAGACUCUCAGUCUUUUGGUGUCGUUCACCUCACGUAUGGACCCACAUGUAUGUUUACACCCAGUGUCUCCUCACCACUGAAUUCGUUCAUCCGACAAAGCUGCAGGUCCAGCGCUGCUGUGCCAUCAUUUCUUCUCACAAAAUCACCAAAACGCCCGAGUGAACCAGCGUCUAGAUUCACCGUGCUCGAGAGUCAUCAGUCUCUAAUCUUUAAAAAAAAAAAAAAAAAAUUUCAAGGACUCUGUAUUUUUCCGCAGUAACGGGACGCUUUUGAUAAGCCGUGUGACCACUUCCUUCACUUUUUGUGAUAUUUUUGCUUGUAGGUGGGAGAAUUUUUAAUCACUUUCUACAUUUUUGUCCGUAUCACUCAUGUUCUCAAAACCCUUUGACGUCGGUUCCCCCCCUUUUUUUUUUUCUGAUCUUCUGUACCUGCCACAGCUGGUGUGUGUGUGUGUGUGUGUGUGUGUGUGAGUAUGAUCUGUAUAACUUAGGACGCUCGCAUGUGCUUUUGUUUGAUCAAAAUUAAGAAUCUCAUUAUUAUAUUAAUAUUUUAUUUGUGUUUAAAACUCAAAUGCAAACCAUGAUUCGAACUGACAUUGGCAGCUUCAGUAUCAAGAACACUUGUGUACAGUUAAGCACACUGUUCGGGCAGUUAAAGAGCUGUACAGUAAAAUAAAUAAUUUCACAGAGCUUACAGUUUCUUGCAGUGACUGUUAAACUUUUAUUUUGUGAGGAGAUGAGGUCAAUUCUUUGAUUUCAGCAUUUUGAAAUGGUAUUAACACACAAUGCAGUUAAAUCUAGCAUUGUAAUGAAUGUUACUUUACCCUUUCUUUGGUUUGGGGGUUUGUGUACAGCAUUAGAGACUUUUUCUUUUGUUUGUUUGUUUUACAUAAGUGUAUAAAUGUAAUUCCAAGAAUACUUGUUGGUACUGUGACUGGUGUUAACUGUGGUUCAGAUGAACAUGUAGAGUUUGGAAAUUAUAACAUUUUUUAUAUAAGGAUUUUAUUUUCAGUGAAAAAUAUGAUGGUUGUUUGUAAGCUGUAGGAAGACAGUGGACUCAAUAAAAGCAUUUUAACUAAAUCAA